GUUGAAACAUAGCAGUGAAAUACAGUGAAUAAUAUGGCCGAAACAGCUACUGAAGUCGUUGCCGCAGCAUCGGUUGCCGCAUCUCCAGCCAAGACACCGAAAAAGGCUCGUGCUCCCAAGGGAGAGGGAAAGAAACCGAAAAAUCCAGCCAAUCAUCCACCAGUAAACGAAAUGGUAUUGGCCGCCAUCAAGACCUUGAAGGAACGUAAUGGAUCGUCUCUCCAGGCCAUCAAGAAGUAUAUCGGUGCCAACUACAAGUGUGACGUUGCUAAGCUAUCAACUUUCAUCAAGAAAUCUCUGAAGAGUGGUGUUGAAAAAGGUAGUCUCGUGCAAACCAAAGGAAGUGGAGCAUCGGGGUCCUUUAAAAUUAAAUCUAAGGACAAGACACCUGCGGGCGAGAAGAAACCAAAGAAAACUGCGGCUGGGAAGAAGCCUUCAGGGGAAAAGAAAGUUGCCAAAAAGGCAGCCACUCUCAAAACUGCUGCCGUCAAAAAGCCUAAGGCAGCACCAGCAAAGAAAGCGGUUGAGAAGAAGGCUAAAGCAGCCGUCGCCAAAGUUGCCAAAAAGGCUGGAACCGUGAAAAAAGCGGCCGCUCCCAAACAGAAAGCAACCAAACCAUCGAAAACAGCGGCGAAGAAGCCUAAAACUCCAAAACCGAAAAAGGCUGCACCGGCUAAGAAACCCGCUCCGAAGAAAGCCGCCGCCAAGAAGUAAAGUUCAGUCGAUUGAUUUCAGUGGAAAUGAUUUAAAAACAAACAGUCCUUCUCAGGACUACAAGCACAUUGAAACGAAAGAGUAACAAAAGUUUUUCACCUCAAAUAAUAAUUCAAUUGAUUUUUUUAUAACAGUUAAUAUACAUUUUCACACAUCUGCAUUCGAAUAUACGAAUAUUAUCGUACUCGAAUGAACCUUUAACCCUUUGAGGACCAUAAGAUGUCCAAGACUAAAUAUGCCAAUACAACACAAUAUUCUUGCUAUUAUGGGUGUAAAGUAAGAGAAUAUCACCAGAAAAACAUAGCAGGGUGUAUAGGUAUGAAGAGUUAGGUUUAUUAUAUCGGUAUUUUAUUUAUUGCUUUGUAAUACAAAAAACAUAAUAAAAAUUAUCAGAAAAGUAAAAUUAAUAGUUAGUAAAUUAUGGUAUUCUACGGAACAAUUUCGGAUACUUGUGAAGCACAAGUGGACAUUGCAUAUAACACAUUUAUUAUGUGGUCUUUGUUAAGUCAGACCGGACCAUGUUUGCAGGUCUUUUUUUUUUUGGUUUUUGGCAUUCGCUGCCUCGGACAUACGUUUUAUUUUGACAUUCAGUAAAAAAAAUUGAUUCAACAAUAAUUGAACAAUCGAUAACGAUUUUUGUAGAAGGGAAAAAUAUUUUCCUUGGUCGUGAAAAGAAUAAGCUAUUGGCGUUAAAAGUUAAUCAAUAUACAAGAAACAUGAUUUAAAUAGUUUAUCGGUAAAAAUGCGUUUUUAGUGUUUUGCCUAAGUGGCAUAACGGAUAUCUCGGAGGAUGUUAGGUAACUUUAAAAUCUAAUAGAGGGUAACAGAGGAUUAUAUGAGCCGUUUAACUUUUGUACUUGUGAGCUAUACUUGUCUAAAACUCAUUCCAACUUCACAAGUACGCUGUUUAGCACAUAUGUGUACUUUGAUUUGAAUGCUGAGCUUCCCUCAGAGGAUUCAUAGAAUAAACUGUAACAUUUGAGAGAUGCAAAAGUUCAAAAUUAGUGUUUUAUUAAGAGAUUUUCAUUCUGUCAUUGUUCCCAAAAAUACACCUUAACUUCAACAUUUCUAAAAACAUAAAUUCUUCCCAACUACUAAAACUCAAACUAUCUCCUUUAUUUUCGGCGAUAUCUUAAAACUACGACUCCUACUCCACUGUAUUUCUACUAUGUCACUACGUGCAUUAUAUAGUUUGAACAAAAUUAUCAUAUCACUAUAUAUCUUCACACUAAACACGUUUCACAUCACUUUACAAGC